GCCUCAUGCUGACGCUAUAAAACAUCCAGGAACUCGCACUGCCAAGUUUUCAAGAGAGCCAAACCUCCAAAAUGCCUGCAGACUACAAUGGAACAUGGGAUAUGGUCAGCAAUGACAAUUUAGAUGGUUACAUGGUUGCACUUGACAUUGGCUUUGCAACACGCAAAAUCGCCGCUAUGCUGAAGCCUCAGAAGGUGAUCAAACAAGAUGGAGAUUCUUUCACCUUCCAAACCACCUCCUCUGUGUUAAAGUACGAGUGCUCCUUCAAAGUUGGAGAGGAGUUUGAAGAGGUGACGAAGGGCAUGGACAACCGCAAGUGUCGGUCUGUGGUUAACUGGGACAAUGAUAAGCUGGUGUGUGUUCAGAAAGGAGAGAAGAAAGACAGAGGCUGGAUUCACUGGAUUCAGGGAGACGAGCUUCAUCUGGAGCUGACCUGUGAAGGUCAAGUGUGCAAGCAAGUCUUUAAAAGGAUGUGACCCUGACUUUAAAGAUAAUGGCAUAUCUUGUACAUGUUUUCAUCAUAAGAUGAGAUGCAUGCAAAAUAAAAAAAAGCAGACCAG